AUCUUCACCAAAGAGAACAUUUAUAUUGAGGUGUAUUUGAUUGGCAAGCCGAAGGUUUCCGUCACAGCACGAAGAUGAAAACCACAUCACCCUUCUUACCGAGAUUCUGCGGCUUCUGACGAAGGAUUCUAUUGGAUGAAUGGUUAUUCAGCGCGUGAAAUUUGGUCGCGUGCAAUCCAUCGUCAGCAGUUGAAUUGAAAUUCAUCACCGCUGGAUGUAAAUGAAGAAAAUCUAGUAAAAUAAACGAAGGAAACUGUCAAUAUUUAAUGACCAGAAACUAAGCAGACAUAUUAGACACGAUACAGCGGUAAAUAAUUACGACACGGGAAGAAGGAUGAAACUAAAGAAGAUGUAGUGUUUCGGGCUCACUAUUAGCGGGAAAUUACCGUGAAUAUGCAGUUUUCUCCUUUAGGACACUCUGCAGAACUCGGUUGCAGCAAACCCUGGAAGCCAAAGAACCUUUAGCAACAAUAUGUCUACAAAUGACCACAGGGACUCUCAGCAACAAUAUGUAACUAAAAUGAGGAUAAAGUAACCAUGGCAAAGUGCUUUUGUGUAUUUGAAAGGGAAUUAAUUCACGUGUUUUUCUUAACUCUUAUAGUUUCAGUGACUUCCGCUUUCCACAAACGGCAGGUAGCGCCUUCUUUCCUUGACACCGGUCGUCGUAACAUCACCGUGCCGAGGGGUGGACUAGCAGAACUAAGAUGUAAAAUAAGAAACCUAGGACCAAAAGAGGUAGCGUGGAGAAAGCUGUCGAUGGAUUACCCUUUGACCGUGGGCACCUUCGUGUUUGAGAAGGACGAACACAUUAGUGUGGAUCACAAGCCCAUUUCUGACAACAUAGCAGAAUGGAACCUGAUUAUCAAGAGGGCAGAGCCCCGCCAUUCCGGCACGUACGAAUGUCAAAUCAGCGCUACAAGAGUCCUUACGUACCACGUACAUUUACAUGUACUCGAAUCUCCUGCAGAUGUUUCUGCAAUAGAGUUGGACGGUACGAAGUAUGUAAACUUGUACGAUCCUAUAAAGCUAACAUGUAAUGCAACAUUCGGAAAGGAUGCCUUGUCCAGUGCGCAGGUGGACUGGUUCCAUAAUGGACAAAUCAUCAAAUCUGGUGAUGCCCAGUGGUUAAACCGACUUCGAAUCACUCAAUACAUAACAUCCGACGGUCGGACCAUUGUUAGCCAGCUCCAUAUAUCCCACAGUCUCCAGAGAGACGACGGACGAUACGUGUGCCGGACGAUAAACUACCUAACUGACCGACAGGAGACGGACAGCAUGGACGUCAUCGUCCUCAAUAGAUCUGCAGCAAACAAAGACAACAUCAUAAAGAGAACUGGAGACAAUGCUGGCAUUCAUGAAAGCGGAGGAACGGAAGUGGCAGGGCAGUCUGGGAAAAAUUUGUCUGGUCAUGUGACAGCUUCCAUAUUUGUGAACAUACUGCUUUUCUUAAUUGUGAUUUUAAGGUGAAAGCAUAGACACCUAAAUGAAAUACAAUGUUUGUGGAGUGUAUGGACAGACCAGUCACAAAGAUUUUUAGGAACAAGGACCACCCCUACAUUUGUGAGUAUCGGUGUUAAUCCGAGUGUCGCUGAGGAACAGUACGGAACACCGAUGAGGGAUUAUAUUCGUCAGAAUUCCUGCCAUCAGAAGGCAGUCUUGAGGUCUGUGUUGGGCGGAUUCAGUAAAUUUUCACAUAUCGUUUACUGACGUGAAAACUUUGUCCGUCCAUCCUUUAAAUGUACGAUAUAAGAGAGAGAGAGAGAAAGAGAGAGGGAGAAAGAGAGAGAGAGAGAGAGAGAGAACUAUUUUUCUAAGAUUGUGCAUACAUGUCUGUUGUUUUGUGAUGCGACUGGCUUGUUUACUUAGUUUUGCUGAAGAAUUUUGUUUUACCAAGAUAUGGAUAUCUGACAAUUAACAGAAAGAUUUACUUAUUCUAUACUUUGAGUGGUGAAACUAAACCAACAUGUAUUUACAUGUACUUUUUGUCUUCUUUCUUUAGUUUUUUAUCAGAUUUAAUUCAGUCUGGAUGAUCAAAACAUGUUCUAAUUCAGUAUAUAGGGCGUUCAUUUUCAGUUCCAUGCAUAAUGUCGUAGUUGUACAUUCAAAUGUAGAAUUUUUCACCAAAAAGUAAUCAUUUGUUAGACUUGUUGAUCAUCUUUAUUAAAUGGUGUACUUUUUAUCUUAUUUCUGAUAUGAUUUUUGUGAAGAAUGUUAAAAAAUAAUUAAAUUGAUUUAAAUUUA